CAACAGCUUCGGAAAACUUAAACAUGAGGGGCAAUGUUUAGAAGAAGAAUCGGGAGAGUCGAGAGCGUUUGUGGUGUAUAACGGUGCUCCGGUGCAAUCAAGUGACAUUUUUGUGGCUAAGUGGUUAAUGACAGAUACAUACCACUUUAGUCACUAUGCCUUCAGAAUGACAAGUAAAAUUCAGGUUGUUGCGUCCUUUUAACAACCUCGGAAGUAAAAGCUAACGUUAGCUUAACGAUAGUUGUUAGUUGACGAUAGUUUUUUGUUUUGUUUUGUUUUGUUUUUUUAGGGUUUUGAUUGUCCGCUAUUCUGUCGAGAUACAGUAUCAGUUAACUGUCCCGACGCUAAGUUAUCAUCAGGUUAGCAUUGACACAAUAUAAAGGCUAAAUGCUGCGAACUCAAGACGAUUUCCAAGCGAUCCAGCGUGGUUAAUACAGAAACGACUGUCGCUUACUUCGAGUUAAGAAAGGACUAGCAGCUGCUUGAACAGAAAUAGACGCUGGACAUUAACGUACCAAUAUUUAGGAGCUGAAUGGCCUCCGUUGUUGCGGUGAAAAGUGAGAAGCGACCUGCAGCUGAUUCCCAAGAUGCAGACUCAAAUGCAAAAAAGCCCAGGAAACUGCUGCCCAGCCUGAAGACCAAGCGAGCCCCCGAGCUUGUCCUGGUGAUUGGCACGGGGGUAAGCUCUGCAGUGGCCCCUCAGGUCCCUGCGCUCCGCUCCUGGAAAGGCCUCAUCCAGGCCUUGCUUGAUGCAGCCAAUGAUUUUGACCUACUGGAGGAGGAGGAGAGUCGGCGUUUCCAGAAGCACAUGCAGGAAGAUAAGAAUUUGGUGCAUGUGGCGCAUGACCUCAUUCAGAAACUUUCCCCGAGAACAGGCAACGUGCGAUCCACAUUCUUCAAGGACUGUCUGUAUGAGGUGUUUGACGAUUUGGAGUGCAAGAUGGAGCAUGCAGGCAAACACCUACUGCGCUCAGUGCUCCAGUUAAUGGAGAGCGGCGCGCUGGUGCUCACUACUAACUUUGACAACCUCUUGGAGAUCUAUGCAGCUCAUCAGGGCACCAAGCUGGAGUCUUUGGACCUGACAGAUGAGAAGAAGGUGUUGGAGUGGGCUCAGGAGAAACGGAGGUUAAGUGUUCUGCAUAUCCACGGUGUUUACACCAACCCCAGUGGCAUUGUACUGCACCCUGCUGGCUACCAGAAUGUACUGAGGAACACUGAAGUUAUGCGGGAGAUCCAGAAGCUGUAUGAGACCAAAUCGUUCGUGUUUCUUGGCUGCGGGCGCACAGUGGACGACACAACCUUCCAGGCUCUGUUCUUAGAAGCGGUCAAACACAAGUCCGACCUGGAACACUUCAUGCUUGUGCGACGGGAGGAUGUGGGCGAAUUCAAGAAGCUGCGCGACAACAUGCUGGACAAGGGCAUCAAGGUUAUCUCGUAUGGAGACGAGUACGGUGACCUGCCCGAGUACUUCGAGAGGCUGGCCAAUGAGAUCUGCAACCGUGAUGUAUCUACCAACGGCUGGGGGUCUCCCUCACAGAAUGGGGAGGAACAGCAGAAUGGCUUUAACUCACAGAAAAGCCUCCUUCAAGACUUUCAUUCUUGACAGGCACACAGUCGGGAUCAGUAUCAGUCAUUUUCAUCCACAGCUCCGUCGAGAGAUGUCUACUUUGAGUAGUAAAGUGUGGUUUCAAUCAAUGGAUUUUAGGAAUCCAGGAGCACUAACUAUGGGCCAUGGGAGACAGGUGUCAAUUAUUUUCCAUUAUUAGUUCUUGUUUAAAAAGGGAAAGGGGAAAACUCAACAUCAAUACCCAACCUCACAGUCCCACUGUACUGUAUUGAAAUGCUGCUCAACAUUUCGGAAGCUACAGUAGAAAAAAAAGAAACUGCAGAUGAUUGAAUGGUAUGUUCUCACUUCAUCUUCACAAACAUGAUGUGCUGCAUUGACUCACUGCUUGGAUUUUGACUUCCAAGAAUGCGGCUGGACAAACUUGCAUCACCUUGACCUGCCGACGCACCCUGUAAGAGAAGUUCUGGGUCCAAGCUGUAACACACAUCACGUGCUCUUAACUGAAAACAGCCUUGUGUCGAUAUGUAAGGACUGUAUCUGUCAUGCUCAGCCCUGAAACCAGGAAAACUUGAUUUGCACACUACUGGGAGGGGAAUGGUAUGGGUGGAAAUAAUGUUCCCAGUCGUAGAUGGUGACUUGGCUUGUCCUCAGAAGUUCCGAAGAGUUAAUGUUUUCACAGCAGAGAGGCUCCCAGCCAGUAGCUGUCACUUUGCCACUCCCGUGCAGAAAAUGUUCUUUGUAAGCCUUUUUUGUAUUUUUAAUACUUGCAUGUGUUUUCUGACAUAGUAUUUAUAAGUACUAUUUUCAAAAUAAAGCUUUUGGU